UGUUUCUGUGCAUCUGACUGGCUCUUUCGUAGACAGUAUUAGAAAGCAUUUGCGGUGGCUCUGUGGCAGUGAUGUCCUUAUGGUAUUGAGAAGCUAUUUGUUUUUUGCAGUGGAAGUUUGAUGCUCAUUUACUCCCUGGUAAUCUAGAACUUUGAAGAACCAAUGGCUUACAAACGCCAAAAACUUAUAGCUGGUAAUCUAAGUGGGCCGGACAUUAUGCCAUGUGACGUAGUACCUUCAUCUGUUGUUGAGAUUGCGCCUAUUCUUCGUGCUGCAGAUGAAAUUGAAUCAGAAAAUCCAAGGGUUGCCUACCUAUGUCGGUUCUAUGCCUUUGAGAAAGCUCACAUACUUGAUCCAUCAUCAAAUGGUGUUGGUGUUUGUCUAUUUAAGACUGCCCUAAUUCGUCGCCUUGAAAAGCUUCCAUGGGCGGCUGGACCAGGGUUUUUAUCUUUAUAUGCUGAUAAAGUUGAAUCGAGCAACCCAAGGGCUGCCUACCUUUGUCGAGUGUAUGCCCUUCAGAAAGCUCACAAACGAGAUCCACUAUCAAGUGGUGGUGGUAGUGUUCAUCAAUUCAAAACUGCCCUGAUUCGUGGGCUCAAAAAGCAAGACGUAGAAGCAACAGGAAGACAAAGAAACAGAGAUGCUAAUGGAAUGCAGGCCUUUUAUUGGCAUUAUUAUGAAAACUACAUUCAAAGAUUGCAAAAUGCUGACAAUGUUGAUCGUACCCGUCUCACAAAAGCUUAUCAAACUGAGGCUGUUCUGUUUGAGGUUUUGAGGGCUGUCUGUCUGGAACAAUCUGUCGACGUGGAAGUUGAGAUAUUGAAAACACACACACAGCUUGCAGACAUGUAUACUCGCAGUAUACUUUCGCUCGACCCUGAAAGUUCAGAUCAAGACCUAGUAAAACGUUUAAAUGUUAGCUCAAGAAUUCGUGUCAUGUCACGAAUGAAUCAGCCAAACAAACCCAAAAUCCCCCUGGAGGCCGUAAAGAGUUGUACCCAAAACUUCAAUGACAGAAAUGUCAUCGGGAGAGGUGGAUACGGAAAGGUCUACAAGGGAACCCUCUCCUGGGCUGAUCAUGUAAAUCAGAUAGUUGCUGUAAAACGUUUAGAUGUUUAUGGGUUACAAGGUAAUAAGGAGUUCCACACCGAGCUCACGAUGCUUUCACAGUAUCAACACGAUAACAUUGUAAGACUUAUAGGGUUUUGUGAUGAUAACAAGGAGAUGAUUCUUGUAUAUGAAUAUGCAAGGCAUGGAAGCCUCGACACAUAUUUAUGUGACACUUUAAUGGUGGUUAGACUGUCAUGGCUACAACUCCUGAAAAUAUGCAUUGAUGUUGCUUCUGCAUUGGACUAUCUUCACAAUCACAUAGCAGAAAAACACCGAAUAAUACAUCGUGAUAUCAAAAGCGCCAACAUUUUGUUGGUAGAGAAUUGGAAUGCAAAACUUGCUGAUUUUGGGUUGUCUAGGAUAGGUCUAGCAAAUCAACAAAACACAUUUGUGAUCUCUAACCCUGCUGGCACACAUGGCUAUUGUGAUCCACAAUACGAAAAAACAGGUUUCUUAACGAAAGAGUCAGAUGUCUUUUCCUUUGGUGUAGUUUUGUUUGAGGUUUUGUGUGGAAGACUGGCGUGUGUUUCUAGUUACCAUGACGAGCGCCGAUUCCUCCAUCAUUUGGCCAGAACCUGCUACAAAAAUGGACAGCUAGAAAAUAUUAUUGAUAAGAGAAUAAGCAAAGAUAUUAAACCACAAGCUUUGUUCAAGUAUUCAGCCAUUGCAUAUCAAUGCUUGCAAGAAACUCGGGAAGACCGACCUACAAUUUCUGAGGUUGUGUUACAGCUAAAGGAGGCCAUGAAAAUUCAACUGCAAGAUGAGAUCUCUCCAAGAUGAACCGGAAGAUGAGAUCCUCCCAGAUGAAUUAGAAGAUUAGAUCCUCCAAGGAACUAAACAAGGAAUACUUGGAAGAUUAAAAUCCAAAGUAAAACUUAGGUUUUUUGGUUGCAUAAAGAAACAAUGAGACCACCAUUCUCUAUGAUGAGUUGGACAUCGGAAUACAAAGUAAAAAGAAUUGAUAAGAUUAACAAUUGCUUGUUUACAUAUUUAACACAAAAUUUAUUAAUUUUUUAUUAGUUUGUAUUAUACACUACAAGAAAUCUCAGCUAUAGUGGCGACAAAUUGUCGUUUUCACCGCUAAAGCCUUUUAAGCCCAA